AUGUCUACUCGCCGCAAAGUGUCCAGUAUCAAAAAGCAGCAGCAGCCCUCAGAGGUAGAAGCUAUGGUUCCUCGUUACCAUCCCUAUCAAGCUCCAAACUCUCAUGGACCUCUGUAUAAUCUUGCUGAGUACGCUCGGUAUCAUGCUAUUGCCGCGCACGCGUAUGCACAAGCAAUGCCAGUUACCUCGGCCGGUCAGCCGCUUGGACACCCAUCAUAUUCCUUCCCUAUCACGACCUCUACCCAUAUGUUCUCUCAGCCCGUACCUAUACACCUUCCUCUCGUACCAACGCAGGGUACCUCUGCUACCGGUGUGACAUCUGUGGCUCACUAUGCAACCCAAUCCACGGCACGUUCAAUGACAAAUGAAACUCAAGGUCGAGUUGAGACCUCGAGGGAAGAAGUCUUGCGCGCCGAGGAACGUUGGGCGAGGCUCGAAGCUGAACGCACCAGACUCUACGAGACCUUCUCGUUGAAGCGCUAUGCCAUUGUUUCCGAUCCCGACGGCCACGCCAAUAUCAUAAGAGGGACUCGUGACGAAGGGUCAAGGGAUCCCGCGAACACGCUACCUGAAAUCUCUUCCGCACGCGUCGGACCCUUUUAUACUCGCCUUCCGCCACCCAACUGCUCGGGCACAUCGACUCAGGUGCAUCACUGCCCUCUAUGCAAUAUGCCCAUUACGGAUAGAACUUCGUGGGAGGUGCAUUAUAAACGACACUAUGAGGAUCUGGAAACGAGAGGAGUUCGAUGCGCACGCUGUGGAGUUCAUAUUAUUGGUCGCGCUGCGGCCAUCAAGCAUCGUGAAACUCAAUGUGACUCUGCUCGCCCCGCUCUUUAUAAUCGCAAUCAAAACGUUUCAAACGCUCCAAAGAGGGCGUAA